AUGGCGAAGAUGGGAGCUGCUAUUCUGGUCUGCAUAGUGGUUUUAGCCCUGGAUGUCACAGCUGGCAUACUAGGAAUUCAGGCACAGGCUGCUCAAAACAAGGUUAAGAAGGUGACAAUUCUCUUCAUCCAAUGCAAGAAACCAGUUUACAAAGCAUACCAACUUGGCCUUGCAGCUGCAGUGCUCCUGGUAGUUGCCCACGCGAUAGCCAACUUCCUUGGUGGCUGUGCCUGUAUCUGCUCUCAGCUGGAGUUCAUCAAGGCGUCCAUUAACAGGAAACUGGCAGCCAUUACUAUAAUUCUCUCAUGGAUUGCCCUGAUUGCUGGAUUCUCGCUGCUGCUCGCUGGUGCCAUGUCCAACUCCAAGUCCACGACAUCAUGCAGACUCACUCAAGGCCACACUUUGGCCCUUGGAGGGAUCAUGUGCUUCGUCCAUGGUGGUAUCACCGUUGCCUACUACGUCACCGCCACUGCUGCAGCGCACGAAGUUCCUUAG